AUGCCGCUUCUUGUAGGAUCAGCUCAGCAUUUUCUGCCUCCUGUACUCUACAAUGAAUUCAAUAAUAGCCGUUUCAACAUACACAGGGGUUCUGUAUCAUUCCGUCUGUCUAUCUCAAACAUUCAGUCAUCUGAUGAGGCUUUUUAUUUCUGUGGAGUCAGGAUUACCUUUGAAAUACGAUUUGGAAAUGGAACAUAUUUGCUUGUGGAAGGUACCCUCAGUACACGCAUUACCUGCAUUUCUAUAUACUUUUUCUAUCUCAAUGUAUCUUUGGAAUAUUCCGUGAUCCAAGCCCCAGUAUCAGACCCAGUUCACCCAGGUGAUUCAAAGACACUGGAGUGUGAAGUUCUCACUGACACCAGAACAGAAUACCUCAGAGUGUUCUGGUUCAGACCAGCUUCAGGAGAUUCCCAUCCAGGAGUCAUUUACACCAACAACAGCAGGGGUGGUCAGUGUGAGGGUCGCUGUAUCUACAGUCUCUCUAAGAAGGACAUCAACAUCUCUGAUGCUGGAACUUACUACUGUGGCAUAGCCACAAGCAGACAAAUACUGUUUGGGAAUGGAACAGCACUCAUCAUUGCGGAGCCUGUGGAUACUGUGCUGGUUGGUUUGGCCGUUGCUUUGGGUUGCUGUGCUGCAUUGAUGUUUUUUCUGUUUUUCCUGAACUGCAAGAGGAGAGUUACAUGUGACAACUGCAAGAUAAGAGACUUGCAGCAUGUUAGAGAUGGCAGCUGUGAAACCAGACAAAGAAGUGGUCAGGCUGAGGCUGCAGAGGGUUUAACUUAUGCAGCCUUGAGCUUCUCUAAGAAGGAGACCAGAGGGAGGAGAACUAAGAGGAAGCUGCCACCAGACGCUGUUUAUUCUGCCAUCCAACUCUGA